CUCUGGCUACGGUGGCCGAUCGAAAAGCCAGUCGCAGCUGGGCCGUGACCGUCGGCCUGAUCCUCUUGGCGUGUGCCUUAAUCGCCGGCAUCGGAUUGCCUUUGGCCUUGGAGCUGCGAAGCUCCAACCUACUGGAAGCUCGGCUGCGGGUAGUCAAGAAAAUCCUUUCCAAGACGCCACUCAUCGACGGGCACAACAACUUCGCGUGGAACCUGCGCAAGCAGCGGGGCAGCGCGCGGCUGCACGACUUCCCAUUCGACGUGGAUCUGUCGAAGAACGCGUCGUGGGGCCCAAGCUGGCAGACCGACCUGAUAAGGCUGGAGCGGGGGAUUGUGGGCGCGCAGUUCUGGUCGGCUUAUGUGCCGUGCGAGGCGCAGUUCCUGGACGCCGUCAAGCUGACCCUCGAGCAGAUAGACGUGGUCAGGAGACUGGCGGCCAAGUACGCGGGCAGGAUGAGGCUGGUGGCGUCGAGCUCCGAGCUGGAGCAGGCCCACAGGGACGGGGUCAUCGCCAGUCUCGUGGGGAUAGAGGGUGGACACAGCAUCGGGGCGAGCAUGGCCGUGCUCAGGAGCUUUCAUCAUCUCGGGGCGAGGUACAUGACCCUCACCCACAAGUGCAACACCCCUUGGUGA